UUGCUUAAACGACUCCAAGGAUUAUCAUUUUGUGAAGACUACGUUCCCACUGAGGAGAUACAGGUUGUCAAUAUUCACUGGAACUACAAAGCCACAGAUGAUGUUAUCAAAGUUGAUGUAUGGGAUAUUGUGGACCAAAGCACAAAGAAGAAAAUAAAGAAUGAUAAGCUCAAAUUAAGCAACAAUUCUCAAGCGCAUCCUACAGACGAAACGUUAGAAGAUGCUAACUGCGAUGCGCGUUUCGUUGAUGUGUACAAAGGUGCCCAUGGUGUAGUACUGAUGUUCGAUCUAACUAAGCUAUGGACAUGGGAAUACGUUCAAAAAGAAAUUUGCCAUAUACCGACUAAUAUCCCUGUGAUCAUAUUAGCAAAUAGACGAGAUAUGGGUCAUCAUCGUGUGGUUACUGAUGACAUGUGCGACAGUUUUGUGGAUAAUUUCAACAAACAUACUCCUGCACUAUUUUUGUACAUUGUCGCAAUAUGCCAUUUCCCAGGGCUUGCUUCGGCGGAAUGGACAGAAAAGUACUCCUUUAUGAAAAGCCUAGAUGUCAUUAUGUUUGUUUUAUCUUCCUGGUGUGCAUUCAUGUAUCACUACUUAGUCUCGGCUGGUAGAAUACAGAUAGACGUUAGAACUGGAAGAGUGAAGGGGGUAGGGUGGAUAGUGAACUAUAUCAGCUACAGCAUUGUUACAUUCUACUGUCACAGUAAUGAUAGUCAAUCACUUUGCAAUCCAAGACUCUCAUGUAAAUGGCAUACCUCUGCUGGUGCUACUAAAAGUGGACCAGUCAGUUUCACUCGUCAUGUUUGUGUUUGCAUUAGGGAGAUUGACGAAAGUACGGAGGACGAAUCAGAUGUGUGCAACAUAUGCGAUUCAAAAUGGACCAAUCGAAAACUCAGUUGUGGCCAUCUCAUAUGCUGUUGUUGUUUGUUUAAUAUUUGGAAGGUGGCAUCAACAGUUCCUACUUGCCCAUACUGCAGAAGUGAAAUUAAUACAAUACGAGAAUUGAGUGUAAUGGUUAGAGGAAACGUUGACAUACUCGAUUGUUGCCAAAAUACGGAACAGCCACUUAAUAUGGCAAAUUCUAUAGAGCUUAGGGAAGAAAAUAGCUACGGUCUUGUAUCCGUCCCUGCUCCCUCAGAGUCUUAA